AUGGAAAACCCAAACAGAGAUAAUUAUAAACAAAAAAAUAUUUCAAAUCAAGAAGAGAGUAUAAAAUAUAAUACAUAUAUAAAAAGUAAUAAUGGAGAAGAAUAUAAUUCAAGUGAUAAAUAUAUAAAUGAGGUAUUGGAAAAAGAUAAAAAUAAAUUUGAUAUGUUCAUAAAUUUUUAUGAAGAAAAUAAAACAAAUAAUAUGAAUGAUAUAAACGAUUGGAUAUUAAAUAAAUGUAAUAAAAAUGAUGAUAAUAAUAAUAAAAUAAACUAUUCCAAAGUAAUAGCAAGUUGGUUUUAUGAUAGAAUGUUAAAAUGUUUAACAUUCAAAAAUAAGUUAAAUUUAAUUUUUAUUUAUCAUGAAAUAAUAAGAAAUUUGAUGUUAAAUAACAAACAUAAAGAAAUGAACGAAUUUAAGAAAUAUAUGAAUCCAAUGAUUCAAGAUGUUUAUACAUGUGCAUAUUAUAAAGACCAAAGUUCAAUUAGUGUUUUAUUACAAAUUGUAUAUAAAUGGAAAGAAUUAAAUAUUAAUGAUAAUAAUGAGACAAAAACAUUAUUAGAUUUUUUUCAUCAUAACGAAAAUAAUGGAUAUGUUGAUAACUCAUAUAAUCAAAAAACAAAUAAAUAUAAAUACACAUCAGAUUAUAAUAUAAAUAAUAAAUAUCGAUAUAAUAAUACGUUUGUUCAAAAUAAUAAUAUUCCACCUCCACCUCCUCCUACUGACCCACCACACUCUGCUUAUUUAAAUAAUGAGUCAAAACAAUUUCCUCUAAAUGAUAAAUACAAAAAAAAAAGUGAUUCAAAUGAUAUUAGCUAUAAUCACAAAAGUAAUAAUAAUCGAAACUUUUUUAAUAACUCAGAUGUAGAUAAUGAUUCUAAUAAAAACCCUGAAGAUAUUUCUGUAGGCUUUUUAGCUACCUUGCUAAAAUUUAUAUCAAAAAAAGGGAAAAAGCUACAAAUAGCGCUUGUUCCCUAUACCCCUAUAGAAAUUUCAUAUACAUAUCAAACACCACCUUCCACAAAUAUAACACAAAAAUUAAAUGAAAAAAUAAACGAUUUUUAUGAAGAGUUAAAACAUAUUGAAAAUGAUGAAGAUAUCGAAAGUAGCGACGUUUCUGAUACUAAUGAAGUUAUGAAUGCAUAUGAUAAUUAUAAAAAAUUUAUAUCUAUAAAUAAAAAGAAAACUGGGGGAAAAGAAGGAAAGGGAAAUAAAAAAUGUAAAAAUAAUGACAAAUUAUCUACUGAUCAAAAUAAAGAAUAUGACUAUUCAAGUGAUACUAAUACAACCUUUUCUUCUGUUGAACUUUUUGAUAAUUCAAUGAUUGAACUUUUAAAUGAUGAUAAUGAUAAUUUAAAAAAAAAUAAAAAAAAUAAAAAUGUUAGUUUUAGUCAAAUUGCUAUCGAAAAUGCUCAAAAUUGGAAUGAAGAAAAUGAUAAUACUAUGGGAGGAUAUAACUUUGAUUUUUAUCCAAUGUCAGGAAUGGGUGAUAAUUCAAACAUAGAAGAUGUUUUCGAAAAUUAUAGACGAAAUAAAUCUAAUGUUUAUCAUGGGUCUAUUGCUCAAAAAUUUUGA